AUGGCUGACCAAAACGGCGAAAAACCUCCGAGUUUACCGGAAAAUAAUGACGAAACAACCAAGCAAGGCACCGACGAAGUAAAGAGCCAAGUAAGUACGAAGAGUACACGGUAUUUAAAGCUUAAAAAUAGGAAGAAAGCUGCAAAAGCUAGACUGACAAAAGCACGAAAUAAAGCAGCCAUGUUGACCACAGGACACCCAAGUACCAAGACCGAAAUUAGACGUGCUAUAAAGAAAGUAAAGGCUGAGAGUGCUAUAAUUGAAAAGAUUAUUUAUGCUUUAAAAGAAACUGUUGUUUUAAGUGAUGAGGCGUUAGAAGGAACAGACGUAGACACUGUAAUGGAAAAUUUAGACAAAGAAUUAUGUGACAUUAUGGACUUAGUUGACACUACUAUAAAAUAUGCCAAUGACCACAUUAAGGAACGACUUGUCAAUGGUGAAGAUGAAUCGGAAGUAUCCACAAUCGCGUCAAGUAAAAUAUCUGUAAAUUCAAUGGCAACAAAGUCAUCCCAUACAAAGUCAUCCCAUGCAAAGUCAUCCCAUGCAAAGUCAUCCCAUGUAACCCCCCCUAAGUCAGUAGAAAAAUCUGUUGUUGAGACACAGCAACAAGAAGUGAAAGAUGCGAAUGAUAGGCUAAAGCAGCUUGAAAAAGAUCAGCAAGCAUUAGAGCAAGAACUACAGAAAAAAUGUGAGACUUUUGAACUCAAUAAAGAAAGAAUAAAGGAUGCACGUUCGAUAGUAUUUUUGAAUGAAGCACGAGCUAAAGCCACUGAACGGUUAGGCAAAGUGACUGAAGAUGUUACUGUAUUACCUGUAAAAAAUAAUCAGAAUUCACCUGAGAACAUGACACUACCCCAAGCAUUUCCCUUUGGAUUGCCGCCGACCUCUACACAU